AUGAAUGACAAUGGUGCUAAGCCAUUAAUGUUUGAAGCCACUUGUGACACAACUGAAAGACUGUCUAGCACAACUGAAAGACUUAUCUUACAUGAUAUUCAACAAGUCAAUGAGUACUUUAUCCAAAUCCCUGAUGCCACCGGUGUUUCUAGGUUAUCCGGUGUGAAGAAGAUAAUUAUUGCACUUCGGAUCCUUCAAUACGGCGUACCUGCUGAUAUUGUGGACGAGUACAUCAGAAUCGGUGAAACUGCUGCAAUUGCAACCUUGAAUUUUUUUACCAAAAUGAUUGUUGCUAUCUAUAAAGGCAUACACUUAAGAUCCCCAAAUGAGGUAGAUGUCACCAGAUUAUUGCAAGAAAGAGAGCAACGUGGGUUCCCUGGAAUGUUAGAGUUUAGAUUGUAUCCACUGGCAUUAUGA